AUGAAUCCCAAAUUAAAUCAAGCUUUGAUUCCCCCUGUGGAAAAUGUCCGUGAUCUUGGGAUCUACUUUUCCAGUAACCUAAGUUUCCAUUAUCAUUAUUCGUUGAUUAUUCAGAAAUCACAUCAGAGGAUCAACAUGUUAUUUUCCAUUUUAAAAAACGCAUCGUGGAGUGUUUUUAUAAAAUGCUAUACAAUUUACAUACGACGUCACAAAUACCAUCUCAAAUCACUUAUCAAAAACUCAACAAAAAUAUCCUCUCAAUUUCUCUCUAAUAGAGUAAUCAGAUGUUGGAACUCUUUACCCGCCAAAGUGUUUCCGGUGAAGCCCUCGUCAGCGGCUUUCAAAAAUCGACUAUUAUUCUGUGAUCUAAAACAUUUUCUUGCCUUGAAUUCAACUAAUUACUAA